UAAUUGUGAUGUAAUACUGAUAAAUCUGGGGUUUUUCUUGCAAGAUUCCUUUCCAACCGGAAAACACACUCCCUCCACGAUGUCCUCCGCCGGCGACGAUCUUCCGGCCAUCUCCCCUGCCUACUCCCUUCGCACCACCCUCUCCGGCCACAAGCACGCCAUCUCCUCCGUGAAGUUCUCCCCCGAUGGCUCCCUCCUCGCCUCCGCCUCUGCCGACAAGACCCUCCGCCUCUACUCUCUCUCCGACCCCGAAAUCCCCUUCCGGGCCGAGCUCACCGGACAUUCUGAGGGUAUCUCCGACCUCUCCUUCUCCUCCGACGGUCGCCUCCUCUGCUCCGCCUCCGACGACCGCACAAUCCGUAUCUGGGACCUUGAAACCUCGACCCUGCUCAAAACCCUGACAGGGCACACCAAUCUCGCCUUUUGCUGCGUCUUCAACCCUCAGUCCAACAUGAUCGCCUCCGGGGCCUUCGACGAGACGGUGAGGGUCUGGGAUGUGAAGUCCGGGAAGUGCCUGCGCGUUCUCCCGGCGCAUUCCGAUCCUGUCACUGCUGUGGAUUUCAACCGGGACGGGUCUUUGAUUGUCUCGAGUAGCUACGAUGGAUUGUGUAGGAUUUGGGAUUCUUCGACGGGGCAUUGUAUGAAGACGCUCAUUGAUGAUGAGAGCCCACCAGUGUCAUAUGUGAAGUUCUCUCCCAAUGGGAAGUUUGUUCUUGCUGCUACUCUUGAUAGCACUUUGAGGUUAUGGAACUUCUCUACUGGGAAAUUUUUAAAGACGUACACUGGACAUGUUAAUUCAAAAUUCUGCAUUCCAGCAACAUUCUCAGUAACAAAUGGAAAGUACAUCAUCAGUGGUUCAGAGGAUAAUUGUGUCUACUUGUGGGAACUUCAAACCAGAAAAAUCGUCCAAAAGUUAGAAGGCCACACGGGCACAGUCAUUACUGUUUCAUGCCACCCGACGGAGAACAUGAUCGCAUCCGGCGCUCUGGGAAAUGAUAAGACGGUGAAGAUUUGGGUUCAAAAGGAUGAAGAAAGUAAAGAAGAUUAAUUGACUGCAAACUGCUCAGAAAACCAGCAUCUAACAUGCCUUAAAUACCCAAAGACGAUAACCCGGGUUUCAUCUUUAGCCUUGUAUUAUUAGAAUAUUUUCCUCUAGGUAAUUUGCUUUACUACAGCGCAUUGGCAUUGAAAUGAA